GAUACUGUUGAGUGUCUCGUGGCGGCGGAUGCAUGGAUUCAGACCUCUGUUGGAGAAAACCUCCCCCCACUCAAUUCACAGCGUCUCCAGCUAACCUGGACCACGACAGCGUUGGGGAAAAAAUAAUAAUAAUAGGAAUGGUUAUAGAAGUACGCGGUAGUUAACCUGAGUUGUGGAGGGACACGUCGGCGUACUCAAAGUUUCCACCAAAAAAAAAAAAAAACUGGGAAAAACUUGCUCGCUAACAGAGAGGCAGAAGAUAAAAGGACACAUCUGUCCUGUCCACGGGUCCUUCGUCUUCAAGAAAAUGAAUCAGUCGGUGGCAAUGCAUAUGUCACCCACACUCAGUUAAAUGUUAGUGCUACUUGAGCGGAUAUCGCUCGGCUGGCGAAGAGGAAGAAGAAGAAAGGGGCUGCUCAAGGUGCUGGAAGAUGUCUCUGUGGAUGAUACUGCCCGUUAGCCUCCCAGUCCUGACCAUCACUGGGAUAUGGGUUGUGUACGCCAUGGCCCUCUAUAACCAGCACGUCUGCCCUGUGGAUAACUGGCUCUACAACCAGUCGUGUGAAGAAGAGCUGUAUCUGCAGAGCGGGCCGUCCCUGUGCUGCACGCUAGACAAUGUACCUCUCAUCAGUAAAUGUGGGACUUUUCCUCCCGAGAGCUGCUUCUUCAGCCUUAUCUGCAGCACGGGCUCAUUCAUGGUUAUGGCGAUUGUGCUGCUCCGCUACGCCCACGUCAUUGAGAAGCAUCAAAACUGUGUCCUCAACACGGCGAGUCUUUCCACGGGCUGGAUCUGUGCCGCUGGACUCAUCAUGGUGGGCAACUUCCAGGUGGAUAAUGCCAAAGUCCUCCACUAUGUCGGAGCAGGCAUCGCCUUCCCCACCAGUAUGCUGUUCGUGUGUCUGCAGUCGGCGCUGACCUACCGACUGGCCAAGACCCAGGGGGAGUACUACUUGGCCCAUCUCCGGCUCUUCAUGACCCUGAUGGCCUUGGUAGCCUUGGUGCUCAGUGGUGUGUUUUUCUGUCAGGAGAGCUUCGUACUACAGCACGCCUCCGCCAUCUUUGAAUGGGUGUUCUGCGUCAUCAUCAUGCUGUUUUACGGGACGUUUGCCUUCGAGUUUGCCAGCAUGUCGGGAGACACCAUGGUGGUGCUGGCCAGAGGAGGGUCCCUGGGAUCCGCUGGGAGGGAGCACAAGGUGGACUCUCUGGGAACUCUGGGAGCGCUGGGAGGCUCCGGUUCACACCAACACGAAAACAUGUCCCCACUGUAGCCUGCUGGUGUGUCUCGACGCCACACACGUUGCCUUGUUUAUUCCUUUUCAAACUCUGGCUGUCGAACGAGUUCAUUUUCAGCCACACUCGUCUGGCGAUUUGAAAUGAUCCGGGGCCAGAUCUCUCUGAGGAGAGCGGGCGUACUUUAGAUCGGCUGCCACAGAGGAGAGCUCGGUUUGUGUUGUGCUCCAAAGAACUUGUUUGCAUUUUGCACAUCUCACGAACCCUCAGUCCUGUCGCCAGCAACCAGCGAGUGUUUUAUUAAUCAGAUCGAGAAAAUGUAGCGUCGGAGGUCCUGUGACCUGCCUCAGUGUGUGUGUGUGUGUGGCCUUGGACUGUUUCCUCUUAGGUGGCUGCCACGAUGCUUUCAGUGUACGUACGGAAGAGAAGGCUGCUGGACAGCCCUGCUGACAGUAUGCAGCGGUCAGGAAAGACGGAGACAAGUGUCAGAGUGGGACUAAGGUCACACCAGUGGCUCGUUUCCCACCGUCUGUCAAAUAGAAAUGUAUAAGACAGAGCGGGGGGGAAAAAAAUCUGCAUUUUACAAUCAUUUAAACCUCCAUUAAGCAACAUUUCUGUUAUCAUAAGCUCACAAGAGACUCUGCUCUAUAUACGUUUCAGCUGCUUUUAUCUGUUUUACUACUUAGUCUACAUUCUCGACUCUUUAUCACUUCCCGGCCAAAGAUAAAAAAGAAAGCUGAAGACCCAGAGUUGACUGACCAGAGCUAAAACAACACAGUAGAUACUUUCAGGUGGGCAUUAAGAGGAUACUACGUCCUGCUGUAGUCUGGGGUUAGUUUUAACAGCCUCUGUCAGUAUGAUUUGUGGUCAAAGACGGCUUAAUACAGCUUUAAAAUGUGCCACAAACCUGAGUCUGACACUGUUUUUAGAGUAUCUCACAGACACACAGUCUCCUGUGUCAGGCUACUUUAGGUGAUGUGUCAUGUCUUUAUUUUAAGCAGAACAUACAGUAAACCUCAUUAAUUCAAAUUUUAUAGUGAUGAUUCUGGAAAAUGAAAGUUUCACGUUGUCGGGCGAUGUACUGAAGCUAAAGAAUACGAAUGAGAGGCGAUGGUGCCCAGAGGCCCGACCAGCUAAUGCAAGCCAGAGCUCCGGUUUAUUGAGUUUAGUGACGAGGCAUCGCACAUGUUUUCAGGUUCUUCGGACGGAGGUCUGCGUCUUAUUAUUCACCAUCAGUGAAGAGGAGAAUGAGCUCUUGUUUCUUUUUCUCCAAAGCUCAGAUCUCUACAUAAUGGGUGUUUUAUUUUUUUGUUUUUUUGUUUUUUUUCCAGCAUGUCUAGCUGCUGUUGUAGCGGGAUAAAGGGAAAAGGAGGGAUUUGUAAUGUAAGACACGGCUGACGGACACAAAGCUCUGUCCCGUCUCCGUUACUGUACAGUAUGUGCCAAAUGUUAGUUAGCCUGUGACAUCGGUGCUAAAAACACAAAAGGCCUUAUCCUCUCGCUUUCCUCUUUUAGCUGUGAUUAUGACGACGUGUCAUAAAUGAAAGCAAUAACGUGAGACAUGGGGGGUCAAUCACUGAGCAAGCAGACGGGUUACAACCCCACACACCACAGCCGGCUACGUGUCCGGCUGGGGGGGUUUUCUUGGUGCCAGUAUUCCGGGUAAAAGUGUUUUUAAUUAACAAUCUGCUCCAAAUGGACUGAAACGUGUCUCUAUCGGACUGAAUGUAUACUUUUAACAAGACUGACCAGGAGAAGACUGUGGAGCGAGCUGUGAACAACACCAGCCUCACCACUGAUCACUUGCUCCUCUCUGCUGGUCAGACAGCUUACUGCAUCACAGCUGUGGCAUUCAACUCACACACGAACAUGUUUUUAUUACUUGAUACUUGACCAGUAAUGUUCAGCUUAAGGUCAAAUCUGCAUUUGUUUUACUUCAAAUGUUAAGCGAUUUCAGUUCUACAUGUACACUUCUUUUACAACACGCACUCCAUACGCCGGUUGCUUGUCAUGCAACAAACUAAUUUCACUAAAAAAAAUAAUCCGUUUCCAGGUGAACACUAUAAGAUAUUUUUUAAGUUGCCUUUUAGACAUCCCUCUCUUCGAUUCCCCCUCUUUCUCGUUUCUGGAUCUGUCUGAUCUUUGCACUCAGGAAAUUGUUAAACCAGCUGCAUUAUUUGAUUCAACGCAGACCGUUUGCUUCUGCCUCCUGUUGUCUUUGUCCCAGUGGAGUUUAUAUUGAGGAUUUGUUGUGUAUAUUGGGUUUUGUGUGUAGCGUAGGCCGCAUUUGCGAGUUAGCUGUGAUAUAAGAGAGUAUUUUUGUUAAUCACUUCAAAACUUAAGAACAAGCAUUCCCGCGGCGUCAGCUUGUGAGAAUGCUUGUGCCGUGGUUAAGUAUCCGCGAGAAGAUUCGAGCUCAUCCAUGCAAUCAGUAGAUCGUUGGCGAGAGCGUUCUGUCAACCAGCGCCUGGAAACCUGACGAUGCCCCAUUCUCAGCCGAACGGCCAAAAGAAGCUCGCUGUGCCUUAUGUAUUAUUUUGAUAAAGAAAAACCAAAGAGGUUUCGGUUGUAAAUUCUAUUUUGAUGAAAAGUCAAAUGAUUGUAUACAUAUAUGCCUUAAUGUACAAUAAAUAAAAACUGUACAAAAAAAAAAAA